AUUUGAACGUCAUUCGAUUGAUGAAAAUGUGUGGGAGGAAGCAUCACACAGAGCGAUGUUUAGCAUUCAACUGACACAUUGGAACUGUGUCAGCAGAAAUAAUUUUUGAAAUUUGUUUUGUUUUCAUUAAAUAUUACUUCAAAACACGAAAUAUUUCAUUGCGAGUGAGAAAACUGAAAACAAAUACAUUAAGUGAAUUUUGUAGUAAAAGUUUCAAGGUCUCAAAUUUCAAGUUUUUCAAAUUUCCAAGAAAAAGCAAGAUAACGAAACUAAUAUUACUGAAAAACUACAAAAAAAUGAAUAUUCGCUUUGAUGGAAAAAGGGCUUUAGUUACUGGAGCCGGGAAAGGUAUCGGAAAAGCUGUUACUACUAGACUAGCUGAAUGUGGUGCUGAAGUCGUAGCUAUCAGUCGCACUCAGCCAGAUUUGGAUGAAUUGCAAACAAUAAAUAAGAAUAUAAAAACGGUAUGUUUGGACAUCAGAAAUUGGGAAACUACAACAGCUGCAAUUGAAAGCAUCGGACCUAUUGAUCUAUUGGUAAAUAAUGCAGCGAUAUUGAAAUACAAAGAUUUUGGGAACAUGACUGAGGAGGACGUAGAUGAAAUCUACAACAUAAAUUUAAAAGCAGUUAUAAAUAUUACACAAAUUGUUGUGAAUGGCAUGAAAGAGCGAGGAGUAGGUGGAUCCAUUGUAAAUGUAUCCAGCAUAGGAAGUUUUAAAUGCAUGGGUAGUGUCGGCAUAUAUGGCUCAAGCAAAAGUGCUGUAGAUCAACUAACAAGAUGUAUGGCAACCGAGUAUGGCCCUCACAAUAUCAGAGUGAAUGUUGUAAAUCCAACGGCUAUACGCACGAACAUGGCAGCUCAAGUAUUUGAAGAAGGUAAUGAAAUGGGAAAGACAUUAGCAGAAAGGACACCACUAAAGAGAUUAGGAGAGGUUGAUGACGUAGCCUACCCGAUCCUGUUCUUAUUGAGUGACUAUGCGUCCUUAAUUACUGGAAUCAGAAUGCCUAUUGAUGGAGGAAUCACCAACGUUUUCUAGGAUAA